ACCAACGAUGGAUGAGAUGGCCCAGAAAAUGUUUGCUUGUCGAGACGCGCUCUUACAUGCGUGCCCGGGUGUUGUUGCGUCGCUCCUUGGAGAGCCCGCGGCUCGCAAUGGCAGCCUCAAGGUAUUUGAGUUUUUACAGCAUGAACUCCUCGUCAAGAGCCUUUUGCUCUCGCUCCUGGACCUCGUCGUGACACGGCUAUUUCCUGAAGUCAAACCAGGCGCCCCCAAAGUGGCCUUGUUUACAUGAUAGUAGUACGAAUUGGAUAGUGCCGUAGAUGAAUGUCUCCAAUACAACUUGUCUUGAUAUUGCACG